UCAGUUUCACCUAGACCGCGGAUAGAUAGUCGGUAGUCGAAGUUAGUCAGUAUUCCAUUCUCCGGAGACCGAUUCAGAAGUGAAAAUUUUCGAAGCUACUCUAGUUUCGUUGAUCGAGGACGUUUUAUUAUAGAGAGUGCUGUUUGAGUAUUAAUCUGCUGCAUUCAGUGAAAGAAAAAAUUGUCGCCAAAGUUGCUAUCAUUGGUGAGCUUUCCUAUAGAGCGGAAAUACUAGACGGAGAAAAACGUUCAGCGGUACUUUCGUUGUUCAUCUGAUCAAUCAACGCUGCUUGUUUGUUACCCUCAACAUUCUGUGGCAUAUAACACAUUUCUUCCGGUUCCAAGUACACAGUUUGAAACCAGUCGGAUAAUCAGUACUGGUUGAAUUCUUUUUCCGAUUCAGGGCAGAUCACAGAGAACGAUUUUCCCCGUGUUCGUGUUUCAAGUCGUGGAGAGUACGCCCGUAGCUGUCAUAGCAACGCUUUCUGAGCACUGCCAUUUCCGUGGCGUUUACUUCGACCAGACGAGUGUGAGUUGAGAAAUAAAAAAAAUAUAGCUAGAAUAAUCUGCCAGCCACAACUGUUGUCAAGUGUGUGCGUGAAACACAGAGGGACGGUACACGGCAAAGCGAAAAGAGCAAAAUCUUCCUGUUUGAUAUUCUUUUCUUUCUAUUGCUCGGUUCGCUAUCGUCUACCGCUUGAUAAUCAUAAUCAAUUGUAAUUGAAGAAAAAUCAGUGUGUCGGUAACAAAAAAAAAAAAAAACUUCAAGUAAAAUAGUAUACAUCACAAGGGUUAAGCGAAUAAAAGAAGAAAGUAGCGUGUGAAAAGCGGUGAGUUGUAGCGAUAAAAAGCGAUCCAAACAAGUGAAAACACAAGUUGCAAGUGGAAAAAGAGUGGUGCAGAGAAAAGCUAAAAGUGAUACGCGAAGCAAGAAGAAAAGGGUUGUUUUUUUCAAUUUCCGCAAUAGAGCAGCAAUCGCUGAUUUUUGUCAUUGUGAGUGCGUGAUUCCGCGAGUGAUUGCCGGAGUAGCGUCGAAAGGCCGCAAAAUUUUUCCCUUGCCAAUCGUAACCAUACAAAGCAAAUCAAUGAUCAUGGCUUUUAACGGAAACGGUGCCGGAGGUGGCCAGGACGGGCCGCACAACAAACGCCUCUGCACCGGUCAAGAGAUGAUCGAGACGGUUCCGCUGAAUAGUCGGAACAACAACAAUAAUAUCAACGUGACAGACGAACCGCGACGGAAGCGCGAUGUCGCAACCAGGCCAAACCAUAUCCUGCUCUUCACCAUUAUCAACCCCGUAUAUCCGAUCACAGUGGACGUGCUACACACCAUAUGCCAACCCAACGGACAAGUACAGCGUAUCGUGAUAUUCAAGAAGAAUGGAGUCCAAGCGAUGGUUGAGUUUGACAGCAUCGAGUCAGCCACCAGAGCCCGAGAAUCGUUAAAUGGAUGUGACAUUUAUUCCGGUUGCUGCACCCUGAAGAUCGACUAUGCAAAGCCAGAAAAACUCAAUGUUUACAAAAACGACACGGACUCCAGUUGGGACUACACAUUGGUUGCCACCAGCAAGGAAGCCUGCAACGGUCGGGCACCGUUGCUGCACGAUCCAAAUAUUUUCGGCGGAAGGCCUACCCCGUACAAGCCAGCUCUCUUGGGAGCCGGUGGAGGCAACGGCUUUGCACCGAACUUUUCGCCACCCGAAUUUCACCCGUCGGAAAACUGGAAGCCGACCCCAGCCGGGGCGCAUGUUGGACUCAUGAAAGAUCCACCCCUGACUCGGAAUGGCCCAGCCAACUUCAUCCAACCAGCACAGCAACAGGGUGCAGUAAUGAUGGUGUACGGCCUCGAUAAUAACACAGCCAACACCGAUAAGCUGUUCAAUCUGUUCUGUUUGUACGGAAACGUCGUCAGGAUAAAGUUCUUGAAAACCAAAGAAGGAACCGCCAUGGUACAGAUGGGAGAUGCAAUUGCAGUGGAACGCAGCAUCCAGCACUUGAACAACAUUCCAAUCGGAAAUGAUGGCAGCAAAAUUCAAAUCGCAUUUUCCAAGCAGAAUUAUUUGUCGGAAUCCACCAACCCUUACACCCUUCCGGAUAAUUCGAUCAGCUUCAAAGACUACAGCGCCUCCAAGAACAACCGCUUUCUUUCGUUGACACAGGCCAGCAAAAAUCGCAUUCAGCCACCGAGCAAGAUCAUCCAUUUCUUUAACACACCGCCCGGAAUGCCCGAAGAGCAGCUGUUGGCAGCAUUCACCAGCAAGGAUUGCCAUCCGUCGCAGGUCCGAAUGUUUCCACUGAAAUCGGAACGCUCCUCUUCCGGACUGGUCGAGUUCCCCAGCGUAGCCCUGGCAGUUAAUGCCAUCAUGAGAUGCAAUCACAGCGCUAUGGAUCACAAAGGCACAAAAUUCCCAUUCAUCAUGAAGUUGUGUUUCUCCUCUUCCAAGACAAUGAACGGUGCAUGGAACAACGAGAAUAUCGAGAAUAUGAGCAGCAUGGGCGUCCAGGGCCACGCAAUGUCACAGGCAGCUGCGGCGUCUGCUGGAGGUGUGACGGCAACCGGUAUGCCUGUGGGUCUCAAAGGUGAUGAUGAACCGAUGUAAGCGAGCUAGCUAGCUAAGGUAUACCGAGAUGCGACAGAAAGCGAUAGUGAAUCCAAAACACCGAAAAAGAACAGAUUGGUUCGUCAGCUCUCAUCACCCCACCAAAACCACUAACUACUGUUGUUGCUAUCAACAGCGCCGACUUGUUUGUGAAAGGCCACUCGCCCCUCCCAAACUGAUGAAUAAUGGUUAAGAAUACCGGCGCUUUGUACCGUUUCAUCAUAUAUACAAAACUCAACUUACUACAAUAUCAAAGAUAGUUAAGGAAAAGUCCAACGUCCGAUAACAUAACGAUAACUACAAUCGCCAACAAAGAACUGUUUUUUGGCAGCGGGCAGCAUUCAGUACAUAUGUCAUUCAUUAUAAUCAGAAUUGUUAGUUUUCAGACCAGUUAAAGAAGUAGUUAAUUGCACAUAUAAAAUGUUAUUCACCGACAUCUUGUUUCUAGGAAAUUCGUCUUUUCUGCAUUUUUUUCUAUUUAGUUUCUCACAAUUGUACACAACAUUACUAUGGCGAGGGUAAAAAAAAACAAAGAAGAGGAGGCAGUGAAGAAAAUUGAAAAAAGACAUUAUUUAUUGCAUAGUUUAAGGCAAUUAGAGAUGUAGAUUUUUUUUUUCAUUUUUUUUCUUGAGUUUUUGUAAUCGCAGGCGUGACUCAGCCGCGAAUUAAAAAAUUAGGGAUGUUGGUUUUCUUUAGCCUUUGCUUAUUGUUUAAAUUGGCUGAAAACGGAUCCAAAACAGGUUCUACUUUAGUUCGGCAAAUUGACCGUAAUGCAACGCGGAAAGAGCAAUUGAGUGUAAAAUAAAAUGAAUUGGUUAAACAGUUUUAAAGAGUUAUUCCGAAUGAAGAAAACAAGGAAUUAGUUUCAAUUUGAAUACUGUAGGCAAAAAGAAACGAAAAAAGAAAAACGAAAAAAGUCAAAAAAUUAUGAAUUUGAAAGUUUAGUUUAAAAACUAAGUUAGAUAACGUAGAGUUACAUAUAAAUUGUAUAGAUUUUUCUUUAUUAGUAGCAAGUUUUUCCAACACAACAAUCAUCACGCUGUUUAAACACAACACACACUUAUACACAUACAUAUACAAAAUAUAUACAGGAUACACUAGCCUAAGCAAGUGUAUGAAAAGCGUCAGUCUGUUACACACACCGAGAAAUGAAAAUACAUGAAUACAUUCUACGAACACACCAACACAGGCAGCAUAUUUCGGAAGAAUCUUGUCUCCCCCUCCACCUUGUCUGGGACUAUUACAUUGUCGCUGAGGGGAGCUACUGUUGUUUUCUUUUUCGUUUUUAAUUUUCGUUUUGCAGUUGUUUUGGUAAUGAAGCAAAACGGAAUGACAAUUUAAAAUGGGAAAUUUCCAAAUAAAAUAAAUACCAUAUUUCUUCACAUGUAACUUAGUUUUUAAGACUUAGCUCAUUUUUGUACAUUUUUAUAUAAAAAGAAAAUAAGAUAAACAAAAUCUUCUUUUUAAGGCUAGGCGCUAUAGAGUGAGAUAAACGCAGGCAGGCGAACGAAAAAAAAAGUUGAUUAUUGAUAUUUAGCUUAAUCUUUAAUUGUCGAUCAUAUCUUUUUUCCUCGAACGAGUCUUUUGCUUUUCAGUUUUCCGUUUAAGUUCUCGUUUUCCAUCGAUUCAGUUGAAAUUUUAGUUCACGGAACAGAAAAGAUCCAAACAGGAUCGGGCAAAGCGAGAUGUUUUCACAAUCAAUGAUUUGAAUAAUGAGAACCAAAAAACAAACGAAAUCAACGGAAGACACGCCCAAACAAACAAUGGAGGAGUUUAUUUGUUGUUGAAAUAAAGACGCCACGAACAAUGAAGCUAGUUUUGUCCGAUUGAUUGUGAAAGUUACGUCCGUAUGUUUCUACUGUUUUAUUCCUUUAUUUGUUCCUUUCUUUCCAUCCAUCAACACAUAUCUAUUUCCCAUCUUUUCAUGUUGGUAUAGUUUUUCUUUAAUUUUUUUUCGAUAAAUCGUUUACAUUAUUCGGUUAAGAAGCAACAUAUCCCACACAAAUUUCCAGAACAAGCAAAAAUCACACAGCAUAAACAUUAUUCGAGGAAUACUUAACAGAAGACGCUAACUUUUAAGCAUAUUACCAAGAAGAGAAUAUGAUGCAUAUAUAUUUACAAAAGAAAUUGACAAAUUCAACCAAACGUUCUUAAGCCUAUUGUAUAAAUAACGAAAAGAAAAUAAUCAAUAAUGUAUGGUGGUCCAAUGUUGAACAAAUAUCAUUUCAUUAUUAUUGACGGUAAUGCGAUAAACAGAACAAGAAAUAACCAAAUACACGCUAAAUAAAAUUUUAGUGAAUGAAGCAGUUGAUACAAAAAUUAAGAAAAAAACACAUUCGCGAGAAGAACUAUACAGCUUCCCGCCGAAAGCAAAAUAUCUUAGUAAAGACGGUGUCUAACGUGAAAAUAAGAAUCAAUAUCAUUUUAUCCACACACCCACUGAAAAUAAGGAGUAAGCACUGUUCGAACCAUUUGGAACACAACAAGAAAUUAUACCUUAGUUAGGAGUUAUGAGCGGGCAAUCAACUGAACUAAUUGUCUAGAAACUAUCCAUCGAAAAAGCUCGAGUUUUAGUUCCCUACAAUCUAUCUUGCUAGGGGUCCGGAAUUAGUUGCAAUAUCAUUAUCAUUGUAAAUUAAAGGCUGUGUCUGUGUAAAUGUUUUGUUAUGUAUGUGCGUAAGGUUACAGUGUAGCAAAAUCAAGCAAAUCCAUUAAAUCUAUAUUCAACAGCUGGAAACUCUACCGAUAAGUUUUUGUCACUUUGUUGAGUAGCCCGUCGUCGCGUCAAGCGCGCGAGCCAAAGCAAGCUCUUUGUUAGUUGCAAUUAUAUAACUGUACCGUAAAAUAAGCAAAACUACUAUUUAAAUCUAGAAAACAAAUACAAAAAAAACUCAAAAGGCGCUAAUUAGACGAUAGUGGACAAAAAACAUAACUAAUAUCAACACCGGUAAGCAAUCAGUGACGACACAAUGUGAGAUGGUUGUGCGUGUGUGGGUACGUGUGUACGGGCUUCACGUGCGAUAGACACACGGACCAACCGGCGCACACGAAAGCGAACACACACACAAAGAAAAAAACCAAUACGUAUGUAGUAGCUAAAUAUCUUGAAACUCGUUGCUCAAUCCAAUAGUCGAUUUGCUGUUUGGUUUUUGGUCUAAUGUUUCGCGUGUAGUUUUCGCUACUGGUAAUUCCAUAGUCUGUUCAUCAUCGCCAACGUUUCUCCGUUGGUAUUGUACGCAACGCAAUAGGCAGAACAGACAAACGACUGCUGCUCAGAUGUUCGGUGAAGUACUGUCUGCACGGGAAACGAUUUGGGACGAAUCAGUUGAAAUUAUUAAUUAUUUAUUUAUAUCGUUUCUUUAUUUCCGGGUUUAAUCUUUUGGUCGUUCGGCGAAUGGGAUCAGUUGAAAUUGUGAAGACGGAAGUUCUCUAGAAGAACUCACUGAUACUUAAGAGUAUAUUUGCAUAUACCGAAACCCAAGCUUUAUUAGAAAUACAUCGUGCAAGUGGAAGCACAGAAUUAAAUGAUUAAUCGAUUACAGCACCUCAAAUGCCGUGCAAUAGCUCGAAGCGCUCUGUGUCGGAUGACCUACGAGACACAACGAAUCGCUCUUCUGCUGUUACGUCAUUUAACUUUAUUAUUAAUAAUCGAACAAAAAUGACAGGGUUAAUUGCUUGAAAUUGGUAAAAGCGAUUUGCCAUUUACCCGUACUGAUCAUACUAGAUUACUUCAUAUGACUCUUUUUUUACAAAGUGUAUGGCCUGACUUGAAUGAAGUCUGUAUGAAAAAAGCGAUGUCUCUAUGGUGACGACGCAAAUAUAAAUUGAUCUUAGUAUACCUUGCAGCCAUUCUCGAUGGUAGCCUCCCGCUUUGGGCAUACUUUCAACCAGCACAGAAGCCGUGAAAACAAUUUUAUCUGUCGUGAUCUGAACAUCGUUCCUCUCACAAAAUAAUUCAUAGCAAGCAACUAUCUUCACGAGGCUGGAUAGUGCUAAAGAUUAUAUAUUCUGUUUUCGCAAAGAUAAGAUGCUUACAAAGAUAGUUGCUUACUAUGAAUUGUGGGGUUAGACAUUCUCUGUUAUCGAAAGAAGGAGAAACAGUGCUAUGGGUGAGCAUUUUUCGCUCUCUUCCAUUCUCAUGCAUGGACAGCAUUCCAAUGAAACAACAAGGCUCACGCUUCCUCAAAUGCGAUAUAAUUCAUAAAGCAGCUAUAUUCAUGAAUAUCAUACGCCAUAAAGCAAGUAAACUCAUCUUCACUGCUUCUUUCAUCCAAACUCUGAUCAUCUGUGAGCUGUGAGGGCUCAGAAGAAGUUGGUAGAAAAAGGAGACACAGUGCGCGCCCAGGAAUCAUGUUUUUUCAACUGGGUAUUCUAAAACUAUUGCACGUAUCGACAUGAACCAAAUGAAAUUUUACUCAUUAGAUGUUCUCUAUGGUCGGAACCACAAUCAAAAAUAUUCGUUGUUAUUUAAAAAGUCAUUAACAAUUCAACAACAACAAGUCAUUAACAAUUCAAAAGGGUCGAAAAUCGAAAAGUGGCCGCCACUUUGUUUUUUCUCAGUGGACAUUUUUCAUUUUAGCUCCGACCGUAGCCAAUUCGAUACAGAAUAUAUUAAACAGCUCUAAAUAGUCUAAAUAGGUAGGAGAAACACCCAAAAUAAUAACAUUUACCGGGUGUUUCAAAUACGGAUCGGUUUACAACUUGCUGAUUCAAAGCAACAUGACUUUUCAGUGCUUAUACGAGGCUAUUUUAUUGUCAAUUUUGAAGCUUGUAGGUUACCUGGAUCUUAUCACCAUUUUACUCAUGUCCCUAAAGUCUUGGUGUGUGAAUUUUCAUGAUAUUAUUUUCUUGGAGAAGUAAUUCGUCGUUUAAAGGCAAAUCACUGCGAAUAAGUCGAUUCACUAAACAUCGAAGUGAUUUCGAAACAAGUUUUUCUGUUUUGAAGUUUAGUUUUAAUCGUUUGUUGUUCGAAGAACGACGGAACGAGCGAGUAAAUGCAAAACAAAAUAUUUUGGCAAAUACUGGCACCGUAACCAAUUCUUACCGUUCGAACAAGCUUUGUCAUCUGUUACGAUACAACUCUAUUUUAUGAGAAGUUUCGUGAAAUAUCUGUGGAAAGAAGUUCCUUUGAUUAUCUGUUUUCUACACGAAUGCAUUAUAUCAACAUGUAAUCCAGAUCGACGCUCGUCAAACUGACAACCGGGAUUUAUGUACGCGAUGUCCUGGAUAGGUAUGGUCGAUUGUAAAACACAAUAUUCGAACCAACGACCAUUCGGAUGUUGACCUUACCUGCCAGAAGAGUCAUAGGUGUUGCACCAACCUGAAUAUUACCCAUGUAGAGAAAAAAAAAACAAUUUUUAAUGAUCGAAUCAUCUCACUCAAUCAAAGCAAUGCGCAUCUCCCGAGCAUAUUUGGAUGUUAGAUUUCGGACCGAAAAAUAUUUAUUUAACAUUUUAAAUACCAAGUGAUGUUAGUGCGCUAUUUAGAAAAAAAAAUCCUUUAAGUUUACUUCUAAAUUUUACAGUUGAUCUAACAUAUUUGUAAUGCAUUCUGUCAUUUUUUUAUGUUUUUAAAUAUGUAACAUCAUCAAACCAUUCUACGGUAAUUUUCGUAUAAGAAAUACCCACUUUGAAAAUAUUUUCGUAGAUUUCUAUGAUAGUCACGUUUUUGAUCUUUUUCUCCCUCUAUGCAAUGUGCGUGAAAAUGAGUGAGAUGAUGGAAAGAAACUUAUCUGACUGUGAAAAUCACUGAUUUGAAUCAGUACCCAAAGUAAUCAGAAAUCUUCAAGCAACGACAAUAGGAAGUGAUGUUUCAUUCCAAAUUGAGUGAAACAAAUUCACUUAAUAAAGUGAUGGUGAGAACAAUUCAAAGUAAGAUUACGUAACAGCUGGAGUGAUGCUCACAGUUCCAUAGACAACUCAUUUGAUUUCGCAAAUCAACGAGCGCUACUAAAGCAAUGAUUUCCGGAAGCAAAGUGUUCUGUAGUUAGAAAUGCAAGUUCUUCAAAUAGCUUGAUUUAACUACUGGAUCUUGCUUCUACAUGAAACGUGACGUGACACGGCAAAUUUCACUUUAUUGUAAGCUACUUGUUUCAAUCUUUUCUGAGAGGUGACUGGGAUGAUGCGAAAAAUUUCUUUUGCUGCCAAACGAACGUUUCACGUCACUCUAGACGAAUUUUCAAAUUCCCGAAACGCAUCUUUUUUUUUUGGUCGCUUGUAAAUCUUUUGUCACGUUACUUCAUUAGGUGAAUUGAAAAUGUAGCUUUUCCACAUGGAACUGGCUCUACUUCCGUUUUGAAGUUAUGCUAUUAUUUUGGAACGGAGCACAAUCUAGAUCGACCAUUCCGUUUUUAACAAGAGCUAAAAUACGUUUAUUUGAACCUCUUCGGAAUAUGAGACACUGAAAACUGGAUUAUAGUUUGUUGAUAAAAAUUAUUGUUUACGUUCGCAAAAAAAAACCUAUUUUGUCAAGCACAGUCUCUUUGAUACAUACCGAUUCCAGUUGAUUAAGUCUAGUCAUAAUUAUCUGAUGAUGAAGUAUUUAUUAGUUCCAUGCAUAUUUUUGUUCGUUUCAAAUAAUUUAAAUAUGAUGUUUAAUUUUGCUUUUGCUAUGAUUGUCCUUAUGUAAUCCCAGUUCGUUCUUUAAACAUGUUCAAUGUAUCAGUAUAACUCACUUAUAAAUAAUUAAAACUACGUUCUUAAGCAGUUUUCAGUGCCAUCUGUUUGGAAAUGAUUAAAUUAAUUGAAUUAUCAAUGAUUAUUUCAAUUAUUUGGUAGGACAAAUUAUGUUAUUUUAAAGGGAUGGAAAUAGAGAUUAGUUUUGUUCAACUAACCACUCAAUCUUAAAAGGUAAUUAUUAAUCAUCGAAACUUCACCAUUCAUUCAAUAUACGAGGCAAAUUCGAAAGUAAGAAACCGUUUUAUCCCAAAAAAAAUUAUAAUCAUAUGAACGGCAGAAAGUAAAACUCGCAUAAGUGAAAAAUAGUUUGGAAAGCUUGUUUAAUUAUGUUUUAAUGCAUGGAACCGGAUAAAACAUUAAGAGCAAAAACCGGACACGGAUUUUUCAAUGCAAGUAUCAUCCACAGCGGCAGGCGGUACAAACUUUGAAUACGAAAACCAGGUAAAAACAUUCGUUUUGGAAUAAGAAGUUUUUUUUUGUCGGUUUUUGGCAUUCGAAGUGUUUUUGUCCGGUUAUUUCAAAAAAGAUGUUUCUGAGCAAUUCUUGCAUUGCGAAAUCUGAGUCCUGUUUAUGUUCUCCAUGUUCUAGUCCGGUUUUUACGUUCAAAAAUACUUAUACGAAUUUUUCAAACUAAGUUGCACUUAUCCGACUUUUGCAUUCAGUCGUUCAUAUAAAACAGAUUUCUUCAUCAAAAUUAGUUUCAUGUAAAUCUACUUUACUUUUACACACAAUCGCCGUUCACUUCUAACUAUUGUGAGUGCCGUUUCUAACAGUUUUGUUAAUCCGUUUGCAUAGAGGCUCAUCGCCUGGGAGUUGGAAAAGAUUCCAACAGCGUGACAAUUGUUGGAAAAUUCUUCUUCCAAUGCAGUAAUCGUUAACCGACGAUCAGAUCGCGGCUUUUGGUUCACUAGGAACACAAUUCGGAAAUUUUUCACGAUGAAAAUUUCAUAACUGCCAGGAGCAACGAUUAUCGCGGCGUUGUUUACUGUACGCAAGGGUAGACAAACGUCUACUGCACUAAAACAACUCAACAGUUGCACAAGUAGUGUACGUACAGAUGUGCACAAGUUUGAGUAUGCCACGGCUAUGAAAUGAUGCGACCAGCCCCUACUUUUCAAACGUGUCUCAAAAAUCAUUUGUUAAAGCGAGAUAUGCUAGGACAGAAUCAUUGAUUUUUUUUCGCAUCAAUUAAUUGUGGAUAGAAUUGAAGUACGAAUCAGGCGGUGCGUCUCAUUUCUUCUUCAGCGUCCUUCGAACUUAUGUUGUUUUCACUGGAAAAAACUGUUUGAUCAAGAAAACACUUUUCAUGAAACUGAGUUGGGUUCGCUCUGACUCGAUUUUCAGUUCAAUGACGGUGAAACUCGAUUCGAAACCAGCUUCAAACAAACGGUUUGACAAGGUUUGAGUUUCAGACCAGUGAACAGGAAUUUUUUGCUCACAAACUAAUAUUAGUACAAAUGCCAUAUGUUGUUCGCAUCAGGGACACCAGGUCCAAUAUUUAAUAUUUAUAUUUUGAAAAGUUUACUUUGUCAAGCAUAUUUGGGAGUAACAUCACAAACAAAUAUACAAACUAGACAGUGGUAACUUGAUUUAUGAUUUUAAUUGAAUCUCGACGUUUUCUCUAUCAUGCCCGCUAGCUAUUUCCAGAGAUAUCAGCUCAGAAUGAAAUCGUUUCGCUACCUCCACUGCCUACUAUUCUUACAGUAAUUUGUAUUUUUAUUGAAAAAUUCUAUCCGCAUAUUUUCAAAACAAGAUUAGACGGAAGUUUUUUGGCAGCUGGUUUGAGAAAAAAACAAUUUGAAUAGUCGAAUUGUGUUUCUGUAUUUGUUUCACAACAACAGUUUUAAGAAGCUAAAAAAUAUUUUUUGAUUCUGUUUUUCGGCUCCUUCCGGUGCCUCGGCAGGACAAAUCAUCUUCUAGAGAUUGUUGUGCAGUUGUCGAAGUAUUAUCAAUUUACCAACGCGACCAAUCGAAUACUUGAUACGACGCUUUUGAGAUAGUAUCGAAACGAAUUUCUUUCAUUACCGCAUGUACCAUGUAACUAAGAAAAUUGGAUUUGUUAAUAGUACAGAGACAUGAAAUACCCACGUGAGGCAACAGUUCCUUUUUUCCAGAAUUUCUCUUUGGCAUAAUUGGUGCGCUUAUCAAAGACCACUUUCAGAGAUGGUUUGCCACGCUGUACAAUUUCAAACUGCGAUGCAUCAAAUAUACCUUUUUAUAUUCGAUAAAACUUGUUAUCUUCAUUUUUGUACAUCACUAUCUGAUCGAUUUCCCGAUUUUUAUACUAUUGGAUAUCUUUAAUAACACUCAAACCGAUGCAAACCCGGCAUCGAACAGGUAUUCUUAAAUCCGAAAUACGUUACAGAAAAUACAUUCUUUGAUUUACCUGCAAUGAAUUCAUCAUAUCACACGAGUAAUUAAAGACAACAAUUGGAGUCGUUCUCUGGAUUUUAUUAAAUGACUAUAAUGGUUUUAGCCUCCUCUUACGCGACAGUAAAAAAUUCUGACCCUAAAUGUGGGACAGGGAAUCGAACUCAAGUAGUGUAUGUCGAACCUCGAGAUUCUCUUUUCCAUCACACACUCAUCCUCCGUAUUCUAUAUUUUUGCCAAAAGACAACAUCGAAAUCGUCCCACAACAAAAGGAACUAACGGCAAAUAAAAGCCUCUCCUUUCUUUCGAUCAUUACGAAGCCAUUAUAGAAAUUUCUUCAAAGCUUCCAAUAUUAAGCGAAGUUUGUUGUUUUGACUUGAAAAUUAUGCCCCUAUUUUGUAUUUCGAUCGAAUGUGAAAAUUUGCAUUCUGUAUUUCCAAUGAGUGUUGUAAGUAAAAUUCAAACUCUCUCAGGACACAGAAAGCGGAAUACAGAAUAGUGCUGAAAAUCAAUACGGCAAUUCGCGAAAGAAAUAGUAAACAAAACAGAAACUGUUAUUUGCAAUUAGGUCCUUUAGUCGAGGGACGAUAGAUUUAGUCUUCUGUUGUUCGAUUAUAAUACAAUUCUAGAGAAAAUGAAAAUUACACAUGACAUUUUUUUAAACUUCUUUGAUGCGUACUCGAAACUUGCAAACGUUUCCUGGCGUUAGUUGCUUAUUCAGAAAACACCUCCGAAUACAUAACAGUAUUAAGCAGGAGAUUAAUUCUGUUUUAUCCACUACACAUCACUUUCAAAAUUUUAACUGUGAAUACCAAAUGUAGAUAAGACAAAUGCAUCUGUACGUUACUCGUUUUAGAAGUAACGAUUUGGAAUUCUUGGCCAAAACAAAAUUCGUGAAAAUGCUGAACAAAACAGAAACCAGAAAAUAGUAUUCUGCGUGCUAACAAAAAAAAACUCCCGACUGCAGACAGUAUUUCGGAACCCAUUCGAAUCAAUGUUUUUUAUAAGAUAUUAUUUUCCUGAAACGAAAUCAUCACUUUUUUUUUAAUGCCAUGCGUAGUUAGAUGUUUUACCGAUUCAAAGAUAUUAAGAUCCACUAUUUGGUGCAAUAUUAAUUAAAUCAAACCAAUGGUUUUCGAAUAAUAUCAAAUUGUUCAACCUUCAAAAUAGUAGAUAACCAUUUUAGUUCAUCUAUGCGUCAAAUCUAGCAAAUAUGUUCCGUUCGAAAGUGUAAGCUUACGAUGCAAUGACGAAAAAAAGAAUCUACUGUACUUCCCACCUAACUAUACACUCUACUCAAAGCAGAGAACCAUUACAAAUGCAACCAAACGAUAAGCAUACAUAAAUUAAAGAAACAAACCAUUACUGACAUUGCAAAAUGAAACAAGAUUAGAAGAUAGUGCAUAGUGAAGAAAGAAGACAUUUAUUUUUUACAUUUUUUCGCGAAUAAAAAAAACUAAAGUCACAGCCGAUUAAAAUUUUUCGUUCCGAGAUAUUAUAAUUGAUGUUGGUAAAAUUAAAAAUCACAUGGCAAAACGGAUCCUUCCAGAUGAAACGAUGAUACAUUAUCGAUUUGAUUGGAACGAUCCAUUUCAGUAGCGUGUGUAAUUAGCGCAAAAAGGCAAACCAAAAGAGUAAGGCGAAAGAUUAAACUUAUAAGAAAAAAAAACUGGAAUAAACGACAAUAUUGAAGUUAUGUAAACAUAUCUGUUUUUCGACGUAUUUCAGUUACUAUAUAUGGUAUAAGACCGGACACAUUUAUUGCUGGCCCGGCGGUCGUCGACGUGGCAGUUUAGUAACGUGGUUGAGACUUAUAAUAAGAGUAAAAGGAAACUAAAUAAUCAGUUUCAUGAGAUAAUCAGAUCGGCCCGACUUUUACGAUUUAGUUUCGACAGUUGAGUGCACGAAACGGACGAAGGUCAUUAGCGAGAUAAUCUUUUUUGAAAAUCUUAAGUAAUUUAAUGUGAAGGAAAAUACAAAAAAAAUAUUUACUAAAGAAAAAGUUCUAGAGUAAUUUUAGCAGUAUCAUAAAUAUUAAAAAGUAAUUUAAACAAGUGAGUAGAAAGUAGUUGCAUUUUAGCUUAAUUCGACGGGACAAAAUGAAAAAAAAACAGACGCGGUAAGCAGAAGAUAUCGAACAGAAAUUGGCGCUGCCAGCAGAAAAGGCCACCAGAAUUCCAGAACACAAGUUUGGUUGGUGUUGGAGAAACUGCAACCGUAAGAAGGGAACAAUCGUUGUCACCGCUGGUAUCGCCAAUGAUAUUAUUCAACUAUGCUAGAUGUGACCUCCUGGUCCUAUUUGUGGUUCGCCGUCGAUACCUUAGGUUUUGGCGGCCGGCUUCGAUGCUAAGUGAACCGGAAUUCCGCGAACAAAAGGUAUCUCUAUAGAGCAAAGUCAAAUUAUAUCCUAAUCCCCCUCUUUGAAAGAACGAACAACAUGAAGAUAAAAAAAGUAUUCAUUCUAAAUGUUUCAAAACGUAUAUUUAAUGUAUUAGUGAGGCAAACAACAACAAACUAAUCAUGGUAGAGACUAAACAUUUCUCAGAUUAGCUGAAUCACAGCGAAAAAGAAGCAACUUCGACGACAGACGAAAGGAAAGAGAGGCAAGAAAAACAGUGCAAUGUGUGUAACACCUUUUUGACGGAGACCAAAGCAAAUGCGGAAACAUGAAACGCAAAACGAAACGAAUACGAAAAAGAUGCAUACAAUGGUGAAAAAAACAGAGAGGCAAGUGUCAAUUAUUUAUAUAAAUAUGUGCCUAUAGAGAAGAACACAAAACCAACUUACGAUAACCGUGAAAUUUUAAGAAAACAUAAAAAAACAAAACCAUUAGCAAAGGAAGCAUACCCAGCAAAGCAAAACCGUCAGCCCUGCAGAAUGCAAAAUGGGCAACUGAAACUGAAAAUCUCUGCCCACUACUAGUUUCGUUCAACCCUGGCUUUAUGACUUUCCGAAUUACACAAAACCCGCCCACCUGACCAGAUCAAAUCCGAGAAACAAACUGAUCCACUUGUCAUCGUUUUUUUUUUAUUCGUAAUGACUACCUUGAUCGAAACUGCUACUGUCCUCCCAAGUGAACAAAGAGUACACAUCUGUUUUCGAUAUUAUCUUUGUUUCUCCUUUUUGGGGUUAUGUGCCAAAACAAACUAAAUGAACGAAAACAUUAGCAAAUGAAUGAAAAAAUCCGGAAAUUCAGUGACGGGAAAGUGGAGAAAUCAAUUUUAAAACCAAUUACUAGCGACCAAAGUAUUGAAUAAAAGCUUUUUCUAAAAUUCAAAACAAAACAA